GUGGGGGAAAGGAGCAAAGCCGAGUUAGAAGCCGGACAAAAGAACUUAUAGCUGACUUAUAUCCAUAUUUACCGCCUGUUUUCGGGGAGCCGGCGAGCGCGCAUGGACUUGUCCGAGUCAUGGAGCCCCCUUUAAGCAAGAGGAAUCCGGCGCUGAGAUUAGCGGAUUUGGCAGCGACUCAAGCCCUUCCUCAUCAGAAUAUGACAGGCUUCCCGGGGCUAGGGGGGCAUCACCCACUCUCCCACCAUGCCCACCUCCACCCUGGGGAGCUGGGCAACGACCCCGGAGUGGCACUCACUCCAUUUGGACCAGAGCACAUGGCACAGACUCUCAAACUUAGCCCGUCUCAGCACACCCAGAGCCACCACGAAGCCCAGACCGCGGCGUCCUUCACUUCAGCCCAGACCACCGUGGGUUUCCCCGUGGCUCACCCCCACUCAGGCUACUCGAGCAGCAGGGACUUCAUCCUCAGGAGAGAACUCUCAGCCUCUGCUAUGCAGGCGCUUGGCGACCAGCAUAGUUCCGCCUCCUCCCCUCAUCACCAUGGCAUGUUCAUCUCCCCAACAGGUGCUUAUGGGCACGCGGAAAGUGGGGCCCACUCACUUUUCUCUGGACUCCACGACCAGGCGUCCCAGGGCUCCCACCACCACCACCAUGCUCUCAACGGUCAGAUGCGCCUGGGGAUUCCGGGGGACAUCUACGGCCGGCCAGAGCACUUCGGACACAGGCCGGACCACUAUGGACCCGCGUCACUCCACAGCUACAACUCCAUGAACCUGAACAUCGCGUCUUCUCCUCACGCCGCCGCCGCGGGGGCGUUUUUGAGGUACAUGCGGCAGCCCAUCAAGCAGGAGCUGAUCUGCAAGUGGAUCGAGCCGGAGCAGAGUCCCAAGAAGCCCUGCUCGAAAACCUACAGCACCAUGCACGAGCUGGUCAACCACGUCACGGUGGAGCACGUCGGCGGACCGGAGCAGAGCAUCCACGUCUGUUUCUGGGAGGAAUGUCCGCGCGAGGGGAAGGCGUUUAAAGCCAAGUACAAACUCAUCAACCACAUUCGGGUCCACACGGGCGAGAAGCCCUUCCCGUGUCCGUUCCCCGGCUGUGGCAAAGUCUUCGCCCGCUCCGAGAACUUGAAGAUCCACAAGAGGACGCACACAGGAGAAAAGCCCUUCAAGUGCGAGUUCGACGGCUGCGAGCGAAAGUUCGCCAACAGCAGCGACCGGAAGAAGCACUCGCACGUCCACACCAGCGACAAGCCUUACUACUGCAAGGUGCGCGGCUGCGACAAGUCCUACACGCACCCGAGCUCCCUGAGGAAGCACAUGAAGGUCCACUGCAAGUCCCCACCGCCCAGCACCACCUACAUCUCCUCCACCAACCACCUGGGUGACCCCCUGUCGCCCAGCUCGGAGCGGAACCGCUCCCCGCAGGUGACCAACCUGAACGAGUGGUACGUGUGUCAGGGGAGUGGGGGUCCCAACCACCUGCGCACCCCCUCCAGCGACCUGCCAACGUCAGAUUCAGACGACGAGGACUCUUUCAGGGACGCAGACCCAAGGACAAUGCUCUGAUGGUUCCGUGCGUGUUUCUAGUGUGUGUGUGUGUGUGUGUGUGUGUGUGUGUGUGUGUGUCGGUCCACGCUGGCUUAUUGAUCAGAUGUUUUGACUGUGGCAUCACUAAACGACUGUGCAUCUACUACAGUGUGUUUAUCUCCCACCGAACCCCACACUGGAGCCACCCGCCAGCCGUUCUCUCGCAAUUGCAGGUAUCAUUGCGCACAAUGAUUAGAAUCCAAAAGGUCAACUUUUUUUUUUUUUAAUUGAAAUUGUUCGGAACAUAACAAAAAAUAUUGUCACAUAUUUUAAACCAUCUAAAAGGACUAUGGGAAAGAAGAAAAUAUCAAUGAAAAACUCCAAAUAUAGAAGCAGAAUUUAAAUGGGGUUAAUGUAAACAUAUAUUUAAAAAAUAUAUUAAUUAGGGAAAAUUACAAUUGGAGUAGUGGAAAAUAAUAUCAGGAAGGGUUUGCUGUUUAAUAUUUAUAAAGUGUAUUUCAAGUUUCGUUUUGAGAACAACAUGAGUGCCAAAAUCAUAAAACAAAUGUUUGGUGAAACGUGGGUUUAAUAACAAUAAAGUUGAAGAAAUCCCCACUUAAAUGACAUGAAAGUGUUUUAACUGGAGGCGCUUGCAAGCAAUAGCAUGAAAAAGUCAAGUGAGAAUACAAGCUGACCUUUGGUCACAGCAGAGAAAAUAUGAUGGAGAAAACGAUGAAUGUCCACCUCCGGUGCCCUCGUCUCACAGCAAACUGAAAGGCGAAAAAGCCUGAACACUCCUCGUGUAACAGUUUUUUCAUUUCAAUUGAGGCAUUCGAAUUUAAGAAAAUAUACAGUUUACUUUUUCAAAUACAUUGAAAUGAAUUCCAUUCACCCAUGACUGACCAUACUGAAUUAAAAUUAAAAUAAUUGAUGAUAAAAUGAGCACGAAAUAUUCAUUUACACUUACUUCACAGACUCAUGAAAUUCCAGAGUCAAUCCCUUGACAUGACCUUGCGACCCCGACGAUCAAUCAUGCUCUAACAACUACAGCAGUUUCUCACUUUUGGUAAAAGUACAGGGGGAGGGGGGCUCCUUGUUCACACGACCAAGCGCUUGACUAGAUUUUUUUAGUAUUUAAGAACUAUUUAUAUUUUAUGCAACGUCAAGAAAAACCACGUCCCCGGAGACCCUAAAUGUGCUGAACACUGACAGGCUGUAAAAUCUGUAGAUACUAUUGUACUUGUGAAUGUUGUAGUUUCAACGCCGGGAGAGGAAGAAAAUAUUCUUUUGUACAUUGUAAUUUAUUUGCUGGAAUCAAUGUCGUACUGCAACUACAGAAACACCAAAGAAAAUAAUAUUAUUAAUAAUAAUGCUUAUGGUGACGCUUAGUACACUGCUGAUGUUUUCAUUUCCCGCCAUCUUUUUUUCUUUUUUAAUAUAAAAGUGUGUACGACGGAUUUACUUGAAAAGUGUAAUGUGACUUUUAUUCUCGCAUGCCAUUCGUAGUGGUUUUUACGGUGCCAGUUUUGACAUGAGAAGACGGUGAGUCAGCAACUUGAUGUUCCAAUUUAAAUUAAAAAAAAAAAGAAAAAGAGUGAAGAAUAAAUACCAGGAGAGAAAUGACACGCAGGAGUUGUGUUCUGAUUCAUGAGGGGAUUUUUCUUUUUUUAAAUUGAACUGUACGUCUCAGGUCUGCUGAAGUUGUUCCGAACAGCUUUCAAAGGCGCCGCCCAACAAAGAGAAGCAUAAAAGAUACCUGACAAUAAGUUGUAAAGGAACAUUAAACCCCCACCGCCGCCGCCGCUGCCCCUCCCUGCGUCUCAUGCUCCACCAUUUAAACACACAAUCUCACUUUCAAAGUUCCCUGACCAGUGUAGCAGGGAACACAAAAAUGGACCUCACUUCAAAAGAAAAGAAACACGGCGCUUUGACCGUCUUCACGGCGAGUUAGGAAUUCUGAAGGCAGCGAGACGUUUUAAAUGGAGGCGAGAAAACAAGAAGUGCCUCUUAGACAAGUUUAGUGCGGCAGACAGGUAGUAACAUUUAUUAGACUCCAUAAAGUUCAUCAACACAUGUGGAGGGGCUGUUAAAGCUCACAGGAAAAAUAUCAAAAGGAGCUGUUUGGGAACCUAACUGCCAAAUGACUUCUGGACUUUGAGAUGUUCAAUGACCUCUGACCUCUAAUACGGAGAGCAAAAAUAUUUUAGUAUUUAAUGUCAAUAGAAACGGAGUAGACAUGUAUGUUUCAAAGCUGUGUGGAGCAGAAGCUGACAAUGUCUAAAGGUUAGUCACUAGAAGUCAGUUCCUUCGUGUAUUCACAUUAAAUAAAUCUGGAUCAAGUGAAACGGUUUGCGCGGCUGAUGUGUGAAGCUAAACAGGUCUGAAACAGUGACUUGAUUUUCAUUUCCAUCCAAACUUCCGAUCAAAAACACAGUCAAGCACGGAUGAUUCAGCCGUUCAUCAUCAAGUGGGAUUCCUCAGAGAAAGUUAAGCCUUUAUAAAACCAUAAGAGUAAGUCACUUUUCCCACUCAAAAAUAGAAGACAGGCGAACAUUCACAAGUGAAACUCGACGACUGAAGCAGUUACACAACUAAAGUCGUGGCCAAAGCAGAAGUUCAUUUCUCGACCGAAGGAGUGUAAAAUGUCUGCGCUCAGGAGAGUCACUUCAUGGCCAAGUACUCACAACUAUUUCUUGUCAAGCCACUGCCAGCUGACAGACACAAACUUGAUUUGAUUUUUCAACUCCCUCUGCUUUCCAGCGCCUCCAAUUUCACAUUCCAAUAUUAAUAUUCAGACAGAAAAAUGAGUAUGAACUUCUGCUUAGCAAUUAAAUAAAUGCUUCUAAUUCCAUUUUUAAACACUAAAUUCAGAUAAAAGGGUGAGCGUGUGACUAGUAGAGUUUCCAGCGAGAAACCAAGUACGGCGGACAGGUCCAAGGCGAGGCCCGGGGGCCAUUUGCGGCCCUUGAUCCAACUCCACACGGCCCGCAGCCUCUGCCAUAGAGUGCAUCACUAGAAUGGUCAACCAAAGAACACAGAAUCACAACUAUAACGACAAGUUUUAAACAACAUUUAAGCAUCAUGUUCAUUCUUUACCACUAGACUGUGUCAGUCAAAUGAAAAGGCAACGUCUGGCUGUGUUUAUCAAGUGCAACUUUUGUGUUCAAACCACUCUCCGGAUGUGUGUUA